AUGAAGGAAGUUGGCAACUGCAAAUGAUGCGCUCUGCAAGCAUUGCGGACAUUACGCACUGCACGAAAUAUCAAACAGUCAAGCGAUUAAUGUUGUUUUCAGAGGUGUAGAGUGCUAUCUCACGACCAAAUGGCUUCAUCGCAAAGCCUUGCCUCCCUACCGUCCCUGUGCCAAUCGCUAUCGCGAUCGGGGAUAGCACACACAUGCUUGGAAGCCUCUGGUUUGUGGCCUCUGGGGCGCAGAGCCUUUCACAGUUCGCGCGGUUCACACGCUAUCAGCCUCAGCGGCCCGCGCAGUCAACGCCCAUCCCCUCAACAGCGGAGUCUGCGGUCGCUCGUAACGGUGGGCACCUGAGCAGCUUUGGAGGAGACAGCAGUCCGGCCGCCCAGGCUUUCCUGCGAAGCCAGUGGCCGUGGCUGGCAGCACUGGGCUUUGGUGCCGCAGGGGCCCUCGCCUACAGCGUGUUCCGUGAGCCAGCGGUGACGCAACGCGUGUGGCUGGAGUUCGGGGUGGACGGGCAGCCUGUGGGUGUGGUGGUGGUAGGGCUGCACGGCGGGGACGCCCCACACACAGCGGACAACUUCGAGGCCCUGGCCUGCCACAGCCCCGGCUUUGGGUACGCGGGCGUGCCUGUGCACCGCGUCAUGCACGGCUGGUCGGUCUGGAGCGGCGACGUCACGCAGGGUGACGGCAGCGGCGGCGUCAGCGCGUACGGCGCCAGCCUGCCCCUGGAGUCCUGGGGCGCCAAGCACCGCCGCGGCACACUCAGUAUGGUCCUGGAUGAGGACAGCCGGCUGCGCAGCCAGUUGGGUGACGCGCUUGGUUGUAACACUGGGAAGAGUGUCCAGCAUGUUGGUUGGGGCAGGUUCUUCUUCACGCUGGUCACCACGCCAGCUCUGGACCGGAAAGCAGCUGCAAUCGGAAGAGUGCUUGAGGGCUUAGAGGUGCUGGACAGGAUCUCGCGGCUGCCGACCUGCGAGGGCCAAGAGGGCCGACCCAAGCAGGACGUGCGUAUCUUGCGGUGCGGCGUCGUGGAGGAGCAGGCGGCGCACCACGGCGAGAAGCCGGCGGAGCAGGGGGGCGGCAGAGCCAGCGCGCGGGAAGGGGCAGGGACAGGAGCAGCAGGAGGUGUGUCGACGGCCGUCAAGUCCUGAGGCCUUUUGUUCGGGUUGGGCUAGUGAGAACGCGGGAGGUGUUCGGGGCAGGCGGUGGGAGCUCGGAGGCGCACGUCGUGAACACGCCCGUGAAGUGCCGGUCACGGGUCAUCUUGGACUGAGUGUGUCUUGACCAUCGAGGCGUAUGGAUUUGCCCCUGGGCCACAAGGUCAGAGGUAGGCAGAGGUAGCAACUCCGGUUUGGGCCUGCCAGGGUUGGGUUCCGGUGUAGCCUGGAAUGGGUCAGGCAGAUCUCGGCCAGCGCA